UCAGUGACAAAAAGUGGCAUCAAAAGACGAACAGUCAACAUUGACACGCACGUGCACGGAGACACAUGUACAGUAAAACAAAAUAUUCGUCAAUUGCAUGCACGCGAAGAUCCUGAACCAAAAACAAAUUGUCAGUGCAACGACAUAAUUGGCCUGAAGUGUGAAUUUAUACACAGGAAGCGGACAACGCCGCUGCUUUUCCUCCCGCCAUAAGUUUGCCAGGGCACAGGUGUUCACGUGCGUGUGUGCAUGUGAUGUGGUCAUGCACACACAUGCCACACACGUACACAUCCUUUUUUUUUGCACCUGUGGAGUCGAGGCGUGCAGAUGUGCUGUGGCGAAUACACGCAGCACGUGUGAGAGGCUGGUACGAGUUGUUACAUCAUCAUCAUCAUCGUCGUCGUUCAAUCCAAUUUUAUUUAUAGAGCGCCAAAGGAAGGAAGUUCAUGUCACAUGAAACACACAAACACAUAUUCCACCCUUCAGUUUUUUUCCCGAUACACUUGGGAACUCCAAACGCGGAGGAAACCCUGUUUCAGACUUCCUCCGACAUGAAGACACACAGUGUAAAAGACGCAAUACACAAUAAUGACCGACAGAGGUCCUCACGUGUUCAAAAAUUGAAAAGCAAAGAAGGGAAGAAGAAAGAAUUAACGCGGAGAGGCCUGUGCGGGAAGAAAAGGGAGGAAAGGAAGGACAGGUUAUCGGGAGGGCCGAUAAAGGAAGGAGGAAGGUAUAGACAGGGAAGAAAUGAGAGUAAAAGAAGGAUUGAAGAAAGGAAAAGGGAAGGGAGCAAAGAAAGACAUGCAAAGAAUGGAUAGCACAAAGUAAAGAAGGAAGAAUUGGAGGGUGGAAAGAGGAAACAAGGAAAAAGAAGCCGAGCUAGCAGAUAGAAUGAGAGGAAGGUGACAGAGGGUAGGAAAGAAGGAACCAAUCAAGGAAGGAAUGGAGGAAAAUAGUAUUGAAGGAAAGGAAGAGAAUCAAAAGUGGGAGGGGGUGAAGAAAGAAAACAGGAAGGGAAGGAAAGCAGGGAUAAAAGAAAGAUGUAAAGAUGGAGUAAAAAAAGGAAGAAAAUGAGGAAGUGUAGAGGGAAGGUUUGCGGUAAGGAAAGGAGCGACCACUAAAGAGAGGACGGGAAUCAAAACAAAGGAGAGGAGUGAAAUGAGGAAGGCUGAAAGGGAGGAUAGCAAGGAGAGAGGAAAGGGGUGGGACGCUAACGCAGGCCUUUGGAUUUAAUCAUCAUCGUCAUCGGCAGCAUCUUCUUCCAUGUUCUUCUCGUUCUUCACAGGAGGUGACAACACAAGCAAAGAGUGGACUGCACUGGAAGGAUUAAAAUAUGGAGGACAAUCUACAAGGUCAAGAUUACACAGAAAAUGUGUCACCACACAAAAAAGAUAAAGAAGAAGACAAAAGUGUGCAGGAUGCUAACAUGGAGGUAGCGCAGCUGCAGGGCCUGGUGGCGGAGCUGCGAGAGGGGCUCCACGAUUGCCUGGUGGAAUUGUGUGGGCUGCACAAGAAGGACCGGCGGCUGGAAGAGAGCCUGCAGGCCCACCAACGCGACAUGGAUGAUAAAAUUAUGGGUCUUAAAAACACGCUCAACACUUUCAAGGAGGAGUUGAGGGUUGCGUUCUUCCACAUCCAGGACGUGUCCAAAAGACAACAGGAGCUGAUCAAGCAGCAAGAACAGUUGCAGCCAGAGACCCCCAUCUCUGUCCCACAUAGCAAGAAGAGCUCCAAGUCCAAUGUGCUGAGCACAUCUGAGGAGGAGCGCCUCUGUGCAGCGGGCCAAUCGGAGCUCAAUAUCAUCCAGCGCUACUUUGGCGAGUCGCCGCACUCGCAGAGUAGUGUCGUGUCCACGCAGACAUCCACUUCGGAGCAGCAGAGACGCUCUUCAUCCAGAAGUCCGGUGUGGGGGGACGGUAGGAACGGGAGAGAGGACACCGAAACACCGGAGAGUCUGAAUGAAAACAGUAUGAGACAGAAGGCCGCCUUGGAGCUGCUGGAGUCAGAGAGGAUCUACGUGUCCUACUUGUCUCUGCUACUGAAGGCCAACAUCUCCUUCAAUGGCUCGGAAGCGCUUGCUGCCAAGGACAAACGUCCGUUUCCCAGCUCGCUGAGGUUCCUGAUCCAGCAACACCUGGACCUGCUGCACACCCUGCAAGACCGCAUCCUCAGGCGGCAGUGGCAAGGCAUCAUGGGAGAUAUCUUCAUGAGGCUCACCAGCAAAGAGAGUGACUUCCUGGACUUGUACGUGUCCUACCUCAAGGAGCUGCCCGACUGCUUGGCCGUGGUCACCAUGCUGGCCUCCAACGCCAUCAAAUCUUCCGCCUUCCUGGAGAGUGACAUCAUAGGCGACGAGUCCAAACCUUCCCUGCACACGCUGCUCCUGCAACCGGUGCAGAGGAUUCCAGAAUACUUGCAGCUGUUGCAGGCCUUGCUGAGGCAGACGGAGGCCUCGCACCCAGACUACUACCUGCUGCUGGUGUGCAUCCAGCAGUUCCGCAGCUUCUGCAGCCAGCAGCAGCACCUCCUCCAGCGCAACCAGGAGCUCCUGAUGCACAACCGCCAGGAGGUCAAAAGGUCGUCCAUGAAGCAGCUUCUGAGGAGCAUGGAAGGCGGCCUUCAAGGAUCUCCUUACCCCCACAACAUCACUUUGCUGGAGCACACGAACCCGGCCAAACACAGCAAGCAGCGUCUCCUGGAGCAGAUCCAGUCCGGCCAUCGCUUCCACGAGCGGGAUCGAGCGCAGGAGCCCGAAGCCAACUGCCGCGAUGCCGAUUGGCCGCCGCCGCAGCUGCACUACUACGGCCACGACUUGGACUUGCGCAAACACAAAGCCGCAGGUCUGGGCAGCAUUCCCGAAACCGAAGCAUCCGAGCGCUCUUCCCAGCAUCAUCCGCCUUCGCGAAUCUCGGCAUUCAGGCAGGUCCAGCCGGGCUCGGCUCUGGCCGACGCCUUGGAGGAGUUCCUUCUCCCGCCGGACCCCCCGGGGCUGGAGUGUCUGUACGAGGAGGAAAGGAGCUCCCUCCACGAAGCGUCCGCGUUAGAUCCCUUCUCCUCGGCCUCGUCCGACUCGUCCAUCGACAUCGCCUUCGUCAAGUGUCCGAAAGCUACCGCGACCCCGUCGCGCCAUGUGCCGACAAACCGGGACGCGUCGGGCAAAGGGUACAACAAACUUCCGAAUCGAGGGUGCGCUUCCCCGAACGAGACUGUGCUGAUGCAUUUCGCUCAACCGCGCCCCCUUCAGGCCAGCCAGCGCAAAAAAAGCAAGUCGCUGAAUGGCCUGCAGAUGGACAGCGCGGCGAUGGACGGCGGCCACGCCAAACUGGAGCGGCAGGGCAGCAGAGGGUGCGCCACACCUCGCAAGAUCCACAACUCGCCGGGGAGCAGGAAGGAUGGCGAAAAGCCGAGCGACGACCUUCACGGGCUGCUUGGUUUGGACCAGGCCACGCAGCCGUGGGGGGCUGAGGAGACCCACCACCACACACCCUUCAGCGAGCGCAGCCGCAAGCAGGACAAGGGAGGCUUUCGGAGCUCCUUCAAGAAACUCUUUAAGAAGAAGGGCGGCGACGACAAGAAGGACAAGGCGGCAGAGAGAGGUCACGAAAAUCAACAAGCAGACAUCAGAGGGACUGCGGUGUGAGCGCGUGUGAAACCGCAUAUGCACCACAAUACGCUUUGAUUAUCCACCGCACCGAAAGAAAGUGCAACAGGUGGAAGAACUACAAUUCACAAAGAGCGAAAAAUUUACACGGCCGCAAAAGUUUUAUAAGUGCAACAAAAUGGCAACGAAGCCUCAAUUCACCUCCACGUGGUUCUUCGAGGAGCUGAGUUUUGAACGGGAAGGCAAAGUUGGCUAACUCAGAAGCAGGUGGACGCUACAGCAAGGCCAAAGUGUGAAGAUUUUUGCAGGGGGUUCACAAAUGUGAAGGCUUUAGCUUCAAUUUAGACAUAUAGUGCUGAUCGAAUUGUAGACACGCAUACGUUUCUAUGUCUGGACUAGCGCUUCUGAAAUUAAUUAGGAUGAAGA